GAAAUAGAAAGCAUUACACGACAUUCAAAACCUAGGUCUCCUUUAUGAGUAUUAGUAGCUUUAGAUGAAAUUGCCGGAUGCAGUCAUGUGCCGUCUUUGCUAAGUAUUGAUGGUUCCUUUGUUUGUAAAGCUGUUAAUAGUGUUCCAGAGGUCUGCCUCCUAAUGCAUCUAUAAUGUGCUGUGAUAUUCAUCCAAGUUGAAAACAAUGUGUUAGUUAUUUACGAACCACUGAGAUAUUAUACAAACAAAAGACACAACAAAACCUUGCACUAAUCUUGGGGAUCACAGCUCGUACUACGGGUUACAAACCAUCGUCACCAUGGAUUCUGUUCCUACCUUCCAGGAGACUCUUUCGAAACCUGAUUCUCGUUGGAAGCACCAUGGUCAGAUCAUUCCAUCAGAAGGUAGAACAAAACCUACAAGCCGGUAUAAUUUACUUGUAUACCUCAGGAAUCUAAACAAGAAUAGCGAUGUUACCGCACGAUUUGUAAAAGCCUUGGAGAAGAUACAUAAGAUUGGAAUUGAUUACCAACAAUCCGAAAAUGGCAUAAAAGGAGUUGUUCUGAAGGGAAAUGAUCACGCCCGGAGUCUUAUACACGAAAUGGAUGCACUUAUUCGACUAGCCAAAACAGUAUACACCCCACCUGAGGUCCAAGACUGGAUACACGACUUGUUUCUGGGACGAUACCGACCUAUACUAUUGGAAGACGAUAAGACGAAACGAAAGACUUUGACUCGAGCUCUGGACUGGGGCGACAAAUGGGCCCAAGUACGCUAUCGGUUUCUCAGUCACUAUUUGCGGGAUGACCCGACACACUGGCAAACAUAUUCCAGCGGGUUCAGCAAAACUGCUGGUGAUCUUGCCAAUAUGAUAGUCCAUACUAGCGCAGUUGAGAUAGACUGUGAACUGGCCGAGACUUUAUACUUUACGGACCAACAUAGGGCCGCCUACAGAGACGUUUACGGUCUUACUGCUGAGGAGGGAAGACGUCUAUUGUUAGUCUCCGAGUUGCCGAGUCUGUCCACAUCUCAACGAAACAUGUUCAAAUGGGCCAUCGACUAUAUCAACCGGCUGGUCAAUUGGCGUGAAACCGUUCUUCGACAGUCAAUGAGAAAUUUCCUCCGUGGUGAUGCAGGAACACGCGCAGCAGAUGCCUAUCAUCGGUCAAUACGAAACACGCUGAAUUGUAUAGAUCGGGCAUAUCACAACAAAUUCCUCCCUGCGCUGCGAGCUCUCGUGACAGAGACAGUAAGAGAUGGUUAUUUCCAGCGAGUCUGUUUCGAUAACUUCAUCGCGGGCGCUCGAAAAAUAACGACGGCAGUCCGCACGUCGGCAUUGAAUCAAACUCGGGGUCUCAAUCGCAAUUUCACCAACUCAAUCCACUACUGGCCCGCUCAACGGUUUGAACGACCUCCGUUUACGGAACUGCCUUAUUGGCCACAAAAUAUCAUUUGAUGGAGUUAGAGAGGAAUAUAUAGGACUUGAAGACCGAAUAUAGAAGUCGAGUUUUACUCAGAAGAUGAACAUGCUCGUUUGAGUUACACAUUACAUGCUGUGAGAAAUAGAAGUAUAUACUUAACUAUGUAACUACAUAUAAGGACCUACUUACGGCUAACACUUCACAUGUACUUCGCUACUAUAGCAGUACAGUAAAUCGAAUGAUAGCA